GCCAUGUCUAGAACCAGAAUGCACAUCUGGGGAGUACAAUAGCUGCAAAUGGGAGGAGGGAGCUACAGCUGGACUGGGGGGCGCGUCUGGGCAGGAGGUGGGCACAGACAAGUAUUGGUGACACUUCUGAGAAUUGGCCACAAGUGAAUGAGGCACACACUUGUGGGCGAAAAGUACAUGUUGGAUGUGAGAAGGACAUCUGGAUAUGGGAGCCUCUCGGAGGCGCCCCAGGAUGGAGUCCCCACCCAGCACGGCGGGGCAGGAGGAGCAGGAGCUGCGGGAGCGUGCCUUCUUCUCAUGGGCCGAGUUCAGCCGCUUCUUCGACGCGUGGUGCCAGCAGCGGCUGGCGCUCUUCUUCGUCAAGAGCUCCAUGCACCUGGCGCGCUGCCGCUGGGCCAGCGCGCCCCCGCUCUACACGCUCAUCGAUGUGCUCAAGUACAGCUACGUGCGGCUCGUGUGCAAGGACGUGCGCGCGCCCAGCCGGCCCACCGUGGGGCCCCCCCAGCCCGGCUGCCCGGCCUUCAUCAUCGUCAAGCUGAGCCCGCUGCGGGACCGCCUCGUGGUGACGGAGUGCCAGCUGACCCACUCGCACCCGGCCUGCCCGCUCGAGUUCGCCUACUACUUCCGCCCGGGCCACCUGCUGGCCAACGCCUGCCUGCCGGUGCGCACCACCAACAAGAUCUCCAAGCAGUUCGUGGCGCCGGCCGACGUGCACCGCCUGCUCUCCUACUGCAAGGGCCGCGACCACGGCGUCCUGGACGCCCUGCACGUGCUCGAGGGGCUCUUCCGCACCGACCCCGAGGCCAAGGUGAAGCUGGUGUUCGUGGAGGACCAGGCGGUGGUGGAGACGGUGUUCUUCCUGACGUCGCGCACGCGGGCGCUGCUGCGGCGCUUCCCGCGCAUGCUCCUGGUGGACCGGCUGCCGGGGCUGCAGGGCGCGCUGGACCUGCUGGCCGUGCUCGUGGCGCAGUGCCUCCGCGACCUGGUGGCCAUGCAGUGGGCCGACGCGGCCGGGGAGGCGGCGCCCGAAGGCCCGGACGGUGGGGGGCCGUGGCCGGAGGGCGAGCCGGGGAGGGGAGCCCCCGUGGAGGAGAGGGUGAAGGGCCUGGAGAGCGGGGACUGGGGAGGGGCCCCGAAAGAAGGAAGUAUUUGGAGAGGCGCCCAGUUGGAGAAGGAGUGGCCCCGAGGUUCGGAGGCCAGAGACCGGGGAGGGGCUCAGUUAGAAAGUGAGAUGGGGAGAGGGUUGCAGAUCCAAGACUGGAGAGAGGUCCAGUUGGAGAACCAGAAAGUGAGAGGGCUAGAAGAGAGCGUUUGGAGAGGGUCCCAGCUGGAGAACGAGCCGUGGAGAGGACCAGAGAUCAGAGACUGGAGGGGGGCCCUGUUGGAGGGUGAGAAAGAUAAGGGACCGGAAGGUUAUGUCCGGAGAGGCGCCCGGCUGGAGGACCACGGGCUGAGAGGAUUGGAAGGGUAUACCUGGAGGACGGCCCAGCUGGAGGAUCGAAGGAUCAGGGUGCUGGAGACCACAGACCGGAAGGGGACCCCGUUGGAUUCUGAGAGGGCCAGGAGUCUUGAAGGGAGCCCCUGGAGGGGGGCCCAGCUGCAUGAUGAGAGGGCACGUGGGCUGAAAACCAGAGAGUGGAAGGGGCCUCAGGUGGAAGCUGAGAAGGGAAGGGGGUUGGAGGUCAGGAACUGGAGGGGGCGCCGUUUGGAGAAGCCCAGGGAGUUGGUCCCUGAGAAUGGAGACCGAAGGGGACCCCAGUGGGGAGAUGAGAGGCAGAGAGGGCCAGAGAUUGGAGAAGAGAGAGGAGUGAGUUUGGGGGUCAAAAGAAGAAGGGACCUGGAGGAUGUAGUUCUGGUCCAGCUGGGGGACACAAGGAUGACAGGCCUGGAGAAUGGAGAGGGAGCCCCAUCUGUAGGCCCCAAGAGCAGAGGAGGACAAGGGAUGGAGUGUGGGGGCACAGGAGGGAGGUGUCUAGGGCUGGGGAACGGGGUCAUGUGUGGCACCCCGGUGGCGACGGUGUUUGAGGGUGAUCUAGAAUGGGCAGGGACAAGGAGAGUCUACCUGGCCACGGGGGAGAGCCUGCAGGAAGGGGGUGAAGAAGAAGGUCCAAGGGAACCGAAGAGGCCUUGCUGCCCCUCGGCAGAGGAAGAGGUGGACUGGGAGCCCCUGGCCAAGUUCCGGGCAGCCUGCGGGCCAGAGCUGGCAGACUUGGUGGCCGAAGAGCUGGCCUUUGCCAGGCAGCACGGUACCCGGGGUUUCCACUGGACUGGAGCUGGGUUUGCCCUUAAGGAUGGCACCUCGGACUUCUUCCUGGACAGGGCUCUGACCCGCUGCAGCUGCUCCAUCCACGCCGCCCGGCGUCUGCCCUGCCGACACCUCUUUGCAGCACGCCUCCUCACCGGGGCAGCCUUAUUCCACAUGGACCUGCUCAGGGAUUGCUGGGGGAGAGCCCCAGAGCCCUGACCCCUCAGGUCCCUGCCUGCCACCCUCCGCUGCGAGGGCAGGAGGGCAUUCUUCGAUCCCAAAGAUAAUAGGGCUGAGGCCAAGGAGGCCACCCCAGUCCCUCUGGCUACCUCCUGUGUCAUCCAGGGACCUCACCUUGGCCGUUUACCUCUCUGGG